UGAAGUCGAGAUCCGUUUAUAUGUCCGCGCCAUUUCCGGUUUACAUCGGUCUUUCACUCUCAGAGCAAGAUGGCUGAUCAGAGCGAGCGUGCGUUUCAAAAACAACCCACGAUCUUUCUUAAUCGUAAGAAAGGUCUAGGCCCGAAGCGUAGGAAGCCUAUGAGAUACAGUCGCAAUGUCGGGCUCGGUUUCAAGACACCUCGCGAAGCACUUGAAGGAACUUAUAUCGAUAAGAAAUGCCCAUUUACAGGCAAUGUAUCGAUUAGAGGUCGUAUCCUGACUGGUGUUGUACAAAAGAUGAAAAUGCAACGUACUAUAGUUAUACGCAGGGAUUAUUUACAUUAUAUUAGAAAGUAUAACCGUUUUGAGAAGCGUCAUCGUAAUAUGAGUGUCCAUCUUAGUCCUUGCUUCAGAGAUGUAGAAAUUGGUGAUGUAGUCACCAUUGGUGAAUGCAGACCUUUGAGCAAGACAGUUAGAUUUAAUGUAUUAAAGGUUUCAAAAGGAACAGGAUCAAAGAAGAGUUUCAAGAAAUUUUAAACCUCUCUUUCCAAUAAUGAAUACAUUGCCAGGUGUAAGGAUGUGAAAAAAACUGUAAUGUUACAACCAAAUACAGUUAAAAAAAUUAUA